UCAAUUGGAAUAGGAAUAAGGGACAUGGCAAAAUCAAGCUCAAUAAACAAGCUUCGGCAGCUAAAUCUCCAACUUCAUUCACCUUGUAUCAUCAUGAUUUCCAGAGCAAUCUCCACAGCACCUAAUUCUCUAAUUACGAAACAAACUUCUCUUCUCUCCAAUCAGCUCCUCCCACGUCAACUAUCCCCUUCCUUCACUUCCACACGCCAUUUUUUUAGUUCUCGCGACCCCUACGCCAAGUAUUAUGUACGGGCGCCGGUAAAUUGGGGAAUUCACAUAGUACCAGAGAAGAAGGCUUAUGUUGUGGAGCGGUUUGGGCAAUAUGUGAAAACAUUGACACCUGGACUUCACCUAUUGGUCCCUUUUAUCGAUAGAAUUGCAUAUGCGCAUUCACUCAAGGAAGAGGCUAUUCCCAUACCUGAUCAGACCGCCAUUACCAAGGACAAUGUCAGCAUUUCGAUUGAUGGUGUCCUCUAUGUCAAGACAGUGGACCCCAAAUUGGCGUCAUAUGGAGUUGAGAAACCGUUGUAUGCGGUAAUUCAACUAGCACAGACAACUAUGCGAAGUGAGCUUGGUAAGAUCACCCUCGACAAGACCUUUGAGGAAAGGGACACUUUGAAUGACAAGAUUGUGAUGGCCAUUAACGAUGCGGCAAAAGACUGGGGCUUGAAAUGUCUUCGUUAUGAAAUAAGGGAUAUAUCUCCUCCACCUGGGGUUAGGGCAGCCAUGGAGAUGCAGGCAGAAGCAGAACGUAAAAAAAGGGCUCAAGUUCUGGAGUCGGAAGGAGAGAGGCAGGCAAAUAUAAAUAUUGCAGAUGGAAGGAAGAGUUCGGUCAUCCUUGCCUCUGAAGCUGCGAGGAUGGACCAGGUUAACAGAGCACAAGGUGAAGCUGAAGCCAUCCUCUCUAGGGCACAAGCUACAGCAAAAGGAAUUGCCUUGGUGUCACGAACCCUUAAAGAGCAUGGAGGUGCAGAGGCAGCAAGCUUGAGGAUUGCAGAGCAGUAUAUCCAAGCCUUCAGUAACAUUGCGAAGGAGGGUACAACACUGUUACUUCCUACAAAUGCUUCUAAUCCUGCCAGCAUGGUGGCUCAAGCUCUUAACAUAUACAAAAGCUUAACGGGCAAGAAUGCCGGCGUUGAGUUUCCAGAGUCCUCUCAAGCUGAGUUGACACAGAGUGAUUCAUCUGCUGAGUCGAUUGACAAGAAGGAUCACUGAGUGCUUUGUUAGACUCGUUUAUAGGGUAGCUUUAUCUUUUAAUUAGCCAUUCUGGAUUAUUUAGCUUUACACACAUCUCUAGUCUUGAGUAGAUCUGGUCAAUGAUAGGAUGCCUAUUCUUUUCACAUGGACUUGCUUGCACCAUUGUUCCGCUGAUAGUAUUACUGAGAAUGCACGCAACAUUACAUA